AUGGCGGAGGGCGCCGUCUCAUUUCUUAUUGGAAAACUGGGAGGGCUGAUAUCAGAGGAAGUUGAUUUCCUUGGUGGAGUAGAAACGCAAAUCGUGUCUCUUCAUGAAGAACUUGAGUGGAUUAACUCCUUCCUAAGAGAUGUUGAUGAAAAGCGUAGAAGUAACAGAAGGGUGAACUUAUGGGUGACCCAAAUCCGAAACCUAGCUUUUGAUGCUGAGGAUAUUAUUGAUCUCUUCAUGCUUCAAUUUGGGAAGCAAAUGGAAGACAUCAAUAGAAGGAUUGAGAAGAUUUCAGCUAACAAAUCCAAGUAUGGGAUCGAAGCUUUCGAAACGGGAGAGACUUCUUCGGCGGCUCGUUUGAAUGAUGAUGGCUUAUUAGCACGGAAGAUAAUUAGAAGAGCUCCCAUGGAAGAGGAAGUUGACGUUGUUGGAUUCCAUAUAGUCGGUAUAGGUGGUUUAGGCAAGACCACUCUGGCGAAGAAAGUUUAUAAUAAGAGUGAAGUCAAGAACAGUUUCGAUUCUUGUGCAUGGAUUUAUGUCUCCCAAGAAUACAGUAUCAAAGAUCUUCUGGUUGAAGCCAUAGCCCAACUUAUGAUGCCCAAUAAGGAGGAGCUACGAAAGAAAUUGGUUGCCAAGUGCGGUGGGUUACCGCUUGCAAUUGUGGUAUUGGGAGGUGUCUUAGCAACAAAGGAGAAGACGCCGAGCGUGUGGGAAAAAACACUCGAAAGCUUGACAUGGCAGCUUAAUCAAGGGAACAGCAAUGCAUGCGCAUAUUAUCGAUCUCUAAGUUAUACGGACUUACCGUAUUACUUGCAAUCCUGUUUUCUCUAUUUUGGUCUUUUCCCAGAAGAUCAAGAGAUCUCUUCUAUGAAAUUGAUUCAGCUAUGGGUUGCGGACGGCUUUAUACAAGAGAGAGGAGAUGAAACAAUGGAAGAUGUUGCAGAGGAGUACCUAGAAGAGUUGAUCAAUAGAAGUAUGAUCUAAGCAGCAAGUAAGAGAUCAGAUGGAAGUGUAGAAACAUGUCGUAUCCAUGAUCUGUUGCGGGAGAUAGCAAUUUCAGAAGCCAAGAAAGAUAAGCUUCUUGAAAUCCAUGGGAGCAGUAGUAACUAUUCUUCUUCUUCUUCUUCUUCGAGUAGUACUACUUCUCUAAACAGAUUCCGCCGGCUUGCCAUUCAUUCCAUCAACAACAACAAUGGUACGCACCAUAUACCCAGUUCCAAUACUCUUCACCAUCUUCGUUAUUCCUUGUUGUGCUUUAGUACCGAAGGCCUCGACAAAAAGUUGUGGAAAGGGUUCAGUCUGCUGAGAGAAAUUGGAGGGCUCGUCCUUCUAAAGUACUUGAACUUGCGUGGAACCGAUGUACGAAGAAUUCCAGAUUCAAUAUUGGGAAACCUCUGCAAUCUACAAACUAAGGAAAUAGGGAGAAUGCACCAACUAAGACAUCUAUAUUUGUGGAGAGUUCCGUAUUCUUCAUCAUCAAUUUUAGUUGACAAGGUUGCUGGUGUGAGUACUCUAAGUUGCUGCUAUCGUAGUCCUCCUCCUCCUCCAAGAAUCGAUAAACUGAGCGGGACCUCCAGACGCUACGUCUACCUGCAGCUGCAGCCCCUGAUCGAGGAUUUUCCACCAUAUCUCAUAGUGUUGAGAUUGAAUUGGUCGCGUCUAAAGCAAGACGACCAACCAAUGGCAACACUAGAGAAGCUACCAAACUUGAAGAUUCUCGAAUUAGGAUCGAACUCAUUUGAAGGAAAGGAAAUGAUUUGUUCUUCUGUAGGAGGUUUUGCUAAACUCCAAAAUUUGGAACUUUGGGGCUUACCUUACUUGGAGGAUUUGAAGGUGGAGCAAGGAGCCUUCCCCUGCCUUAAAGUUUUAACUAUCUGGGCGUGCUAUAAAUUAAAGAUGCUUCCAGAUGGGUGCGACACCUCACUACCCUCCAACAGCUCAACAUAACCCCAUGAUGCCCAAGGAAUUCACUGACAGGGUCCAAAAAGACACGGGAGACGAUUGGGAAAAGAUAAAGCACAUACCCUCUAUCACCAUCAAAGAUUAUUAAAU